UGGUGGAGUUUGACGUGGCACUUCGCUCAUACACGCACAUUUACCUAAGGGAUUCGCAUAGCAACGCGUUCAGCUGAUUCUGCCAACCACUCAGGUUGUUUGAAUACCACCGAUUUGGAAUGAGAAGAGCUUAACAGUAAACAGAAACAAUGAGUCAUCAGGGUUACGUUGCCACGCCUCCCUACUCUCAGGCCCAGGCAGGAAUGGGGGGUUAUCCCCCUGGCUAUGGGGGUGUCCCCUCCCAGCCCCUGUAUGGACACUAUGGGGCCCCCCCACAGCUCUUCCCUGCUGCAGCACCAGGUGUUCUCAAGUCACCUGUGUCCUCUUCGUCUGGUGUGCCCCCGCUGCCAGGCUCCACCCAGUUCAGCCCUGGAGGUCAGCAAAACGGCCCUCCCCCUCAGAGGUUCCCUCCCCCAGCAGUCUCCGCUCCCCCCAUGUCUCCAUACGGGCAGCCUCCUCAGUCUCCUUACCACAGCCCUCCUUCUCCAGCCUCAGCUCCAGCAGACCAGCUCACCACCCAGCUGGGUGCCGUGCAGCUCGGUGGAUAUGGCCCCGGCCCAAUGCAGAGUCCUCAGUCACCGUCUAGCUCUGCUCCACAACCAUCUUUCCAGUCUCCACCCCCAACUAUGGGCCAUGGUUCCAUGGGCCCUCCCACUCCCCAGAUGGCCUCCCCUACAAUGGCUGCUGGCCCAGCCAUGGGUGCCACGGCUACAGGUCCACCAAUGGGAAUGUCCAGUUCCCUCUCCAGCCCACCCCCUCCCAGCAGUGGUGGAUUCCAGCAGCCUUCUGGACCACCUGGACCACAUGGUUUUCCACAACAACAAGGCCCGUAUGGAGGACCAAUGGCAGCACCUCAGCCUGGUUUCCCUGGAGCCUUUCCAGGUGGGCCCGCCCAAAUGGCUGGGCCACCACAGAAGAAGUUGGACCCCGACUCCAUUCCCAGUACAACGCAAGUGAUUGAGGAUGACAGGGCCAGACGUGGAGGUCAAGUUUACACAACCAACCUCAGGGGUCAAGUCCCUCCACUGGUCACCACUGACUUCGUGGUUCAGGAUCAAGGCCAUGCCAGCCCUCGGUUCAUGCGGUGCACAGCAUACACUUUCCCCUGCACAGCUGAUUUGGCCAAGCAAUGCCAAGUGCCCCUGGCAGCCAUCAUCACUCCCUUUGCCACCAUCCCCAAAAAUGAGACUCCCCUCUACUUGGUGAACCAUGGUGAGACAGGUCCUCUGCGAUGCAAUCGCUGCAAGGCCUACAUGUGUCCCUUCAUGCAGUUCAUUGACGGGGGGCGGCGCUACCAGUGUGGCUUCUGCAGCUGUGUCAAUGAAGUGCCAGCCUUUUAUUUCCAGCAUCUGGAUCAUAUGGGGCGGAGGGUGGACUUCUACGAGAGACCAGAGCUGUCAUUGGGAUCCUAUGAAUUCAUAGCCACUCUGGACUACUGCAAGAACAACAAGCCGCCCAGCCCACCAGCAUUUAUCUUCAUGAUUGAUGUGUCCUACUCAAACAUCAAGAGCGGACUGGUCAAACUGCUGUGUGAGGAGCUGAAGACGCUGCUGGAUAAACUGCCCAGAGAGGAGGGGGCUGAGAGCUCCGCGAUCCGUGUGGGUUUCGUCACUUACAACAAGAUCCUGCACUUCUACAACGUGAAGAGCACCCUGGCCCAGCCACAGAUGAUGGUGGUCUCCGACGUGGCCGAGAUGUUUGUGCCUCUACUGGACGGCUUCCUGGUCAACUUUCAGGAGUCCCGAUCGGUCAUUAACAAUCUGCUGGACCAGAUUCCAGAUAUGUUUGCGGACACCAAUGAGAGUGAGACCGUCUUUGCCCCAGUCAUCCAGGCAGGCAUGGAGGCACUGAAGGCUGCAGAUUGCAGUGGAAAGCUGUUCAUCUUCCACUCCUCCAUACCCACUUCUGAGGCUCCUGGGAAACUGAAGAACCGCGACGACAGGAAGCUGGUCAACACAGACAAAGAGAAGACUCUCUUUCAGCCUCAGAAGAGGAUAUACGAGCAGCUGUCCAAGGAGUGUGUCUCCAACAGCUGCUGUGUGGACCUCUUCCUCUUUCCCAACCAAUACGUGGAUGUGGCCACUUUGGGGGAAGUUCCACUGCACACCGGAGGCUCAGUCUACAAAUACAACAACUUUCAGGUUCAGGUGGAUGGGGACCAUUUCCUGAGUGACCUGAGAAAAGAUGUGGAGAAGCCCAUUGGAUUUGAUGCCAUCAUGCGAGUGCGGACCAGCACAGGAUUCAGGGCCACAGACUUCUAUGGGGCUAUAUACAUGAACAACACCACCGAUGUGGAGAUGGCUGCCGUGGACUGCAACAAAGCCUUGACAGUGGAGUUCAAGCAUGACGACACGCUCAGCGAAGACCCCGGGGCCUUAAUACAGUGUGCUCUGCUGUACACCACCAUCAGCGGCCAAAGACGAAUUCGUAUCCUCAAUCUCGGCCUCAGCUGCAGCUCCCAGCUACCUGACUUGUACAAGAGCUGCGAGACGGAUGCACUCAUCAACUUCUUCGCCAAGUCAGCGUACCACACCAUGCUAAACCAGCCCCUGAAGACUGUGAGGGAGGUUUUGGUCAAACAGGCAGCCCACAUGCUGGCCUGCUACAGGAAGCACUGUGCCAGUCCUUCUGCUGUCAGCCAGCUGAUCCUGCCAGAUGCCAUGAAGGUGUUCCCAGUGUACUUGAACAGCCUGAUGAAGAGCCCAGCGCUGGUGGGCAGUGUGGAGCUCUCCACGGACGACAGGGCCUUCCACCGGCUGAUGGUGGCAGGCAUGGGCGUGGAGGAGACCCAGGCCCUCUUCUACCCCCGCCUCAUCCCGCUGCACAGCAUGGAUGUGGGCAGUGAGGCAGUGCCGGCGCCUGUGCGCUGCUCUGAGGAGCGCCUGUCCGACGGGGGGCUCUUCCUGCUGGAGAACGGGCGGCACCUUUUCCUGUGGCUGGGCCAGGCCUGCCCCCCCGACCUCAUCCAGAGCAUCUUCAAUGUGCCCUCCUUCGCCCAUGUCAGCACUGAAGUGAUCUCUUUACCGAAGCUGGACAACGCCCACUCUAAGAAGCUCCAUUCCAUUAUAGAACACAUUGCUGGUCAGAGGCCUUACUUCAUGAAGCUCCUGGUGGUGAAGCAGAAAGACAGGACAGAGACUCUGUUCCGUCAGCACCUGGUGGAAGACAAGGGCGUUCACGGAGGAGCGUCCUACAUGGACUUCCUAUGCUACGUCCACAGAGAGAUCCGGCAACUGCUCACCUAA